AGGAGGUAGUGUUAUCAUUCAUCACAUUGUGUUAUGGCUUCCUUCUCUAAUGGUCUCUUCGGUAUUAUCGUCAUGCUUUCUCUAAUGGUGUGCACAGCACAAGCGUAGUUGUCGCCUACGUUGUUCUACGUGACGACAUGCCCGAAUUUGCAAGCAAUCGUGGCAUCAGUCAUGACUCAGGUCGUGAGGCAGGAGCCUCGAAUGGGUGCCUCCCUUGUUCGUCUCUUCUUCCAUGAUUGCUUCGUGAACGGCUGUGAUGCGUCCGUCCUCCUCGACGACACACCGACCAUGAUCGGCGAGAAGAACGCGGUGACCAACGCCAACUCCCUCCGCGGGUACGAAGUCAUCGACGACAUCAAGUCCCGGGUGGAGUCCGCCUGCCGCUCCACCGUCUCCUGCGCCGACAUCCUCGCCCUCGCCUCCCGCGACGCUGUCACUCUGCUUGGAGGGCCGUCAUGGACGGUGCCGCUGGGCCGCCGGGACGCGAGGACCGCCAGCAUCGCUGCCGCCAACGCCAGCCUCCCCCCGGUCUCUGAUGGCCUCACCAACCUCGUCGCCAGGUUCGCCGCCAAGGGUCUCAGCCUACGCGACCUCACCGCGCUCUGCGGCGCGCACACCGUAGGCGCAGCCCGGUGCGCCAACUUCCGCCCCCACGUGUACAACGACUCCAACGUCGACCCGGGCUUCGCCACGCUCAGGAAGAGGACAUGCCCGGCCGCGGGCGGCGACGACACUCUGGUUGGGCUGGACGCCACGAGUCCCACCCGGUUCGACGUGAGCUACUACCGGGACUUGAUGGCGCGGCGGGGGCUGCUUGACUCCGACCAGGAGCUCUUCAACGGCGAGGCCUUCAACAGGGACUUCGCGGCGGCCAUGGUGAAGAUGGGCAGCAUCAGCCCAUUGAUAGGGUCGGCCGGGGAGAUAAGGUUGAACUGCCGGAGGGCCAACUGAUGAUGCCACAGUGUGAUCUUAUUAUGUUGGGAGUCCAAACUCGAAGCUGUAAUUAAUGGUUUCUCAAUAAAUGUGGUUAAAGAUAUAUGAGAAGUCAAUGGUUUGGGAUUUCUGAUCAAAUGUGUGUGUGGUGAUUUAAUGAAAGAUUUAUUCAUGAAAAUACUUACAACAA